AGUUGGGCGACGGCUAGUCGGCUGUGUUCAACGUAACUUUCGUUAAAUUAUUUCGCUAAUAUAGGUCAUUUAUAGAUUAGAUGCGCGAAAUACAUAAUUUCAACAAAAUAAUAUAAGAAACGAUAUAUCUUUUAAUUAAUUUUAAGUAAAUUCCGAAUUCGAAUCAUAGUAAAAAUCAUAGAAUACGACUUUCACCGGAUACAUCGAUAAUUUGAUUAUACGAAACAUAGGUUGCAAAUUACUUAUUUAGCGGGCAGUGAAACAAUCUUACGAUGUAUCCGUGCGUAUGGUCAGUUAUCGAUAUAACUGUGUGAUGAACUGUGUGGUUCGUUUAAGUGACAAAGCAAACGCGUCGGCUCCCACAGGCCACUCGACACUAUUAUCCCAUCCGUGAUUACGUCGCGCCGGGAACUGGGCACUCGGCUUAGUCGCCGCGGGGACUCCAAAGCGGUAAAUACGGAGUCGCAAAUCCUGCUCCGAAUCAUUUAUCGUCAGGAUCUCGAUUUGAAGAUGGUGCAGCAAGAUUUAACUUAGGUGAUUGGGAAGGGUACACAUGGUUAUGGUAGGGAAUGGCUCUCGGGAGCUCAUCUGUGUGAGUUCCUAGUGAGAUAGGGUAACUGGAUGUGAGUGUAGUGUUGUGAAGUGUCUAGUCAUUAGUGAGUGAGGCUUAGAGCCGGGAUGCCCUCCGUUAUGUUGUCCGCAGUGCUUGAAGAGGAGGCUGACUUGUAUGAAGCGUUCCCUCCUCACGUUGAUCCCUCCGGAAUCACUAUUUUAACUGAUAGCCCACCAGGCAAGAAAGCGCCGCUCAAGACCUACGAAGAGAUCCAGCCGCUGAUACAGCAGGCCCGCAAGCGGGAACUCAAACUCAUCAUCAGGGAGAACUCGUGGCCGAUCAACAGCCCGAUACGAGCCUCCCUCUGGCCGGCUCUCUGCAGACAACAUCAACAUGGCAAAUCGAUGCUCGACGGCUUCUACUGGGACAUGGUUACGCAGGUGUUCGGUACAGUGGAGCUGCCGGAUAAACCCAUCAUGCUGCCCCCCUUCGUGGAGGCGACGCACUGUCUCGGCUACCACCUGACGCGCAAGGGUCGGGCGGUCGCCGACCGCGUGGUCUCCGUGCUGGGCUACGCAUGUCCAGACAUCACCUACAGCCCCAGCCUGUAUCCGAUCACGGCCGCUCUGUUGCACUUCAUGCCUGAGGAGGAUUGCUACCACUGCAUGGCCAGUCUCGUAGCGUCGAAAGAGAAGAUGUUCAUCACACAGACGAAACUCCACAAUGAAGUCACAUGGAAGACGGUCAUGCAGAUCGCCAAGAAACAUGCCAAGUCGGCCGCGCAGCACCUGUCGCGGCUGUCGGGCGCGAUCGGCCCCGAGCGCAUCUACGCGGACUGGCAGUGGUGGAUACUCGCCGCGCUGCCCUUCCCGCACCUCGUCAGGGUGCUCGACUGCUUCUUCCACGAGGGGAUCAAGGUGUUCUACAGGGUGGCGCUCGCUAUCCUCAUCCUGUUCCACAAGCACAGCACGAACCCGAGCUCGGAGUGGCACGCCGAGGCGACCAAGAACGGCGUGGACCACGCGAUCGACAAGUUCUGCAGGAACAUGCCGGCGUCGCCGACCAAGCUGCUGCGUACGGCUUUCAGUAUACGGGCCUUGAGCUCGCAAUACAUAUCGCGCGUGUUCAUCAAGACGGAGAUGACGCUGAAGUCGAAGCAGGUGAUCACGGGCUCGCGGCUCGUGCGCUCGCGCUCCUCCGACAAUCUGCCCACCAGCCAGUCGCAGGUCAAUAUACAGAUGAUGUCGCACACGCUCACUAUACGCGAGAAAAUGUCUGAGGAAACGUGCAAACAGAUGGGCUCGCAUUCGCCCGGCCCGCGCGCCCUUUCGAUGGGCGUGUAUCCGAUACAAGCGAUCAAGUCGCAGAUACUAGACCACAGCGAACUGUUCACGCUGUGGUCGUGGCUGCCCGUGCGCAUCACUAUGUACCAGCCGGUGCUGCUGUACACCACCGAGGAGCACGGCUGCUCGCUGACCACCUUCUACGUGCGCGUCGAGCACCACGAGCCGACGCUGCUGAUGAUUAAGACGUGUAACAACGAGGUUUUCGGUGCGUACUGUUCCACGCGAUGGUUCGAGAGGAACCAGAAGGACGAGAGGGGAAACAGACAAGCAUAUUUUGGCACCGGCGAGACUUUCCUCUUUAGCCUUUACCCGGAGCGCGCCAAGUACCCGUGGGUGGGCUGCUCCGCCGGCGACGGCAAGGAGGAGCAGCGCGUGGCGCACGGCUCCGAGCUGUUCAUGGCGGCCGACUCCAAGAUGAUCACCAUCGGCGGCGGCGACGGGCAAGCGAUAUGGAUGGACGAGAACAUCCGCUACGGCAAGACGGACCGCUGCUCCACGUUCAACAAUCCGCCGCUCUGUCCCAGCGGUGACUUCGAGAUACGUGUGCUCGAGGUCUACGGGUUUGCGGGCGCCUAAGUGCUUGGGACACGUAGGGUCGAAGGUCAUGGUCAACUGAUCUUGAGGAGUUUGGUCAAUCUUGGGAAAACUUUGUCAGGAUUGGUAUCAGACUUGGUCAAUUGACUAUGACCGGGUCUGUUUACUAUAUUUAUAAGGCGAUUUGUUCCUAGCCUACUUUGAUCGGACUCGGUCAAUCGCCUGCACCAACUGUCAAUUGACUGAGCUAUGUUCUACUGACCUAAUCAAUGACUGUGAUCAAAUCGACUGUCCCACACGAUUUAAUAUGACCUGGACUCUGGUUAGUCGAUCAAUCGUCAGCAGAAUGGCGACUGUCCCACAAAAGAUCAAGCGUCGACUAGCAUCGACGGUCCACGGAGUGAUGUAAUCUCUUUGAUCCCCGAGUGAUGUGAUAUUGCGAUUAUAACAUAAGUCUAUAUCGUUCAAAUAGUGUUCGAUUGUGUAACUUCGAUGUAUCAAACUUGCGCUAAUCCAGAUUAUGGCUAAGUGUUGUGAUUGCUUGCCGGUCGAGGUCGUCAAUAAGUUUCAUAUUUUUCUUAAUCCAUUUUAAUCUUAGCGAUCCGUGAUUGUUUCUAUCGAGUUGCAACAAAAUAGAGCUCCGUAAUACACUAGCGGUAUAACAGUUCGUAUAUUUUUGUAGAGGGGCCGCUAAAAUGGGUUCAUAUGCGAUUUAUUGAUCACCCCUUGCCGUCUGAACAGACUGUGUAGAAUUAAUCCUAUAUUUAUUGUAAACCCCGUAGUUACCUUACAACACAGCUGUCCGUACAAGACAACGAAUACGGGGACUUUAGGUUGUUUCUUUAAUUAUAUAAAUAUAUAUAGAUGUAUGUAAGUACAAAAUGGACGUAUCGUACCUACUCUGAUGUAUUACGCUUAUUGUAAAGCAAUAUUUGUUGGGCCUAGCCGUGGGAUAGUGUAAUGUGAACAUUCCAGUGAAAUUAAGGUCCGCGAACAAGCGAAAUAUAUUAACCGCGAGGUUUAAUUGGCAACGACAGUAUUUGAUAUCGUAUAAAUUAUCGCUUAAGGCUUUGGUGUAAUUCGCUCUUUG